AUGUCGACUUUUGAUCCAAUCAAUUUAAAUAAUAAACAAAAAGAUGCUUCUCAGCAAAAUGAUGUAAAUAAAAGAACCCGUGUUAGCUUAACGGCAUUACAGAAAAAGGAACUAUGUGAACGUAUGCAAGUUAAUCCUAUACUCAAGCAAAAAGAUAUGGCAAAGGAGUAUAAAAUAUCAAAACAGGCAGUCUCAGAUAUUUUGAGACAAGAAAAAAUAUGGUCAACAAUAGAAACAGGAACUGCAAGUGCUAAGCAAAAGCGUAAUCGAAAGCCUGCAUUUAUAGAAAUCGAUGAUGCAAUGAAACUCUGGGUGGAGCAUGUAUUAAUUCAUAGUGACAUUAACCUAAAUGACAGUAUUUUAAUGGAACGUGCCUUGGCAUUCACAAAAGAAUUUGGAUAUGACAACAAAUUUCUUGCUUCGUCUGGAUGUGUUAACAUGGAAGAUAUUCCACAAUUUCGAGCUGACUUGCAAAAUAUUCUUAAAAAAUAUGAUUAUCGAGACAUAUUCAACUGUGACGAAACCGCUUUGUACUGGCAACUAGAAUCAGAUAGAUCAAUUGCACAUAUGCCUUUACCAGGCAAAAAAAAAUCAAAAGAACGUAUUACACUAUUAUUAACUUGUAAUGCCUCUGGUGAUGAAAAAUUGCCAAUACUUUUUAUACACAAGUACGAGUCACCACGUGCAUUGAAGAGUAUAAGCAAAUCUACGUUACCAGUUUGGUAUUACUGGAAUGCUAAAGCAUGA